AUGACACCCGCAUUCUCAGAUUCAAAAGUUCUCAGCCAUGCUCAUCGUGAAAUUAGAAACAAUUAUGUUUCGUUGCCCAGAUUCUUGUCCGCAGUCAAGAGUCUCAGACGAACUACCGUGAGACUUCAGCAUCGCAUUGCAGCCAAAUGUAUCUUCUUGCGCAAGGUAAAGUUAUUAUACAUGAAUGAAAAUGCCCAAUCAAAUCACUACAUCAACAUCAUCUCAACAGCCCCCAUUUUCCACAACUUCUCUAAACAUACAAAUAUGGAUCUUCAUCUUGGUGCGGGAAUUUGUAGCAGAUCAAAUCAGUAUCUUACCAUCUGCAUACCAGAGGCAUCUAACCAAGCGGAUGCCCGGACCGGACUUGGCAUGUUCUUCAAACCUAGAUGGCCGAACAGCCAAGACGGAGACGGUUGA